CUCUGUGGCAAGUCAGUAAAAAAUCAAAUAAAUAUGAGGAUGCACAACUCCUUGUUUCAGGGUUAGGGCUGGCUCCCUGGGACUGUAGUUUGGGCUCUCACGUCCUGCAGUAAACCAAUAGCUAGUCAAACGGAUUUUAAUCCACAGGAUUAAUAACAAUUACCAGGGACCAUGGUGGGAAUGAAGCCCUCCGAUACACCCCCUACCCUGGUGGUGAAGCUGCUGAGUGCUGGCUCAGCGGCCUGCAUCGCUGACCUGGUCACCUUUCCCCUGGAUACAGCCAAAGUCAGACUCCAGAUUCAGGGAGAGAAGGUGGCGUCGGAAGCUACCAAGGGUAUCCGCUACAGGGGGGUGUUUGGGACAAUCAGUACCAUGAUCCGGACGGAGGGGCCCAGGUCGCUGUAUAACGGUCUGGUGGCGGGCUUACAGAGACAGAUGUGCUUUGCCUCCAUCAGGAUCGGCUUCUAUGACAACGUCAAAAACUUCUACUCUGGCGGAGCAGACACUGCAAAUAUUGGUAUCCGUAUCUUGGCCGGCUGCACCACAGGGGCCAUGGCUGUGUCUUUCGCCCAGCCCACUGACGUGGUGAAGGUCCGCUUCCAGGCCCAGGUCAACCUGACCGGGGUGGCUCGUCGCUACACGGGCACCAUGCAGGCCUACAAACACAUUUUCAACCACGAGGGCAUCCGCGGGCUCUGGAAAGGCUGUCUACCCAACAUCACUAGGAACGCUCUGGUCAACUGCACAGAGCUUGUGACCUAUGACCUCAUCAAGGAGGCCAUUCUUAGGCACAACCUGUUGUCAGAUAACCUCCCGUGCCAUUUUGCUUCUGCGUUCGGCGCCGGCUUCGUUACCACCUGCAUUGCCUCUCCCGUGGACGUGGUGAAGACACGAUACAUGAACUCUCCGCCGGGCCAGUAUAAAAGUGCCAUCAACUGUGCCUGGACCAUGGCCACCAAAGAGGGACCCACAGCCUUCUACAAAGGAUUUGUGCCCUCAUUUCUAAGGCUGGGCUCAUGGAACGUUGUGAUGUUUGUGUCGUUUGAGCAGCUCAAGAGAGUCAUGAUGGUAGGAAAGCAGAAGAUGGAGGACAAAAGUUAACUUCAUUCCUACGUUCAAAGAGCCCUAUGCAAUGAUGGAUUGACAAGCGCACAAACCCUAGCCCUAUUGAGUUGGACCCACAAUGUAGUGUAGACAGACUACAGCAAUACUAUGGACCACGAUCCAUAACGUUAAGAUGCCUAUGUGUUCGUCAGCAUGUUGUAUGAAUAAUGAGGAAUCCUUUGUUAAAAAAGGAGUUAUGAAAGUGCAUUUGAAGUGCAUCUACAUUGGAGAAGUUUUAUUUUCUAUUUUUAUUUAUUUUGACCUAUACUUCUCCUACGGUCUCAAACCAGUCCUUGUGGACCUCUAGAUAUUCUCUAAAGUGUAUUUAGCACACCUGCCAAAUGUGAACGAAUCAGCAAGCCGACUGUUCCUUUAAAUCAGGUGUACUAGGGUUAGGAUACAGUACUCUAGGAACGACUGCUGGGCUACCAGGACCGGGUUGAAAAAGGCUUCCCUUGUAUUGUGUGCUUAAAUUGAAUCCCCAACAACAACUCCCGGUCGCCGGUUAAGGCAGCCCCCUCCGCAACGCUCUGAUUUAGAGGGGUUGGGUUAAAUGCAGAAGACACAUUUCAGUUGAAUGCAUUCAGUUGUGCAGCUGACUAUUUAUCCCACUUUCCCUUAGCCCCCCCCCAACAAAUGUAAUAAGUUAGUUUAAUAAUUAGUAUUUAGAUGUUGGUAAUUUGCAAUAUAUUGAACUUUAUAAAUAUGCUUAUUUUGUU